AAGUUGCAAAUUGUCAUCUUUUUGUGCGAUUGUAUUUCGUGUCCUAGAUUAUUUCGAUCUUUUUUGAUUUAUUGGGCGUACUACGCCCGUAAAAUACAGAAUUAAUAAAAUAAUGUUUUGUAAAUUCUACAAUAAAAUUGUAUAAUACGUCAUUAAUUUACCACAUUAAGCCUAUAUUUGUAAAUAUAAAAAAUGCAGUAGAUGUGCUCUUAAAAAUACAACAAUAGCGUCUUCAAACAAAUUGAUUACUUUAAUUCAAAACGAUACACAGGGUUACGGUAUGCCGGAGCAAAGUAAUGAUUAUCGUGUUGUUGUAUUUGGAGCAGGCGGUGUAGGCAAAAGUUCUCUGGUGCUACGUUUUGUUAAGGGGACAUUCAGAGAAUCGUACAUUCCUACCAUUGAAGACACUUAUAGACAGGUGAUCAGCAGCAACAAAACUAUAUGCACUUUACAAAUAACUGACACAACAGGAUCCCAUCAGUUUCCAGCUAUGCAAAGAUUGUCAAUAAGCAAGGGCCAUGCUUUCAUAUUAGUUUAUUCUGUGAGCAGUCGACAGUCUCUUGAGGAGUUAAAACCAAUUUGGCAAACAAUAAAAGAAAUAAAAGGUGGGGAGUUGCCAAACAUCCCAGUCAUGUUGGCCGGCAACAAAUGUGAUGAGAGCCCGGAGAUCCGAGAGGUGUCUGCUUCGGAGGGACAAGCACAGGCUCAGGCGUGGGGUGUAUCAUUCAUGGAGACAUCUGCCAAAACUAAUCACAAUGUUACACAGCUUUUCCAGGAGCUGUUAAACAUGGAAAAGAACAGAAAUGUUUCUCUUCAAGUAGAUGGUAAGGGUAAGAAGAAGAAAGAUAAGGUAGUAAAAGAUGGUGGCGAAGCCUCUGCGAGCGGUAGGGAGAAAUGUCUCGUAAUGUAAUAUGAGAAUCCUUAUUUCAUCUUAACCCACCGAGUUUGUAGAAAUUACAGAUUCUAGUCAUAAUCCAAGUCCCUGGUGAAUUAUUGCACGGAAUUAGUUUUAAGUGUAAUACAUUAUAAUGCAUUAAAAAUUAAUAAUAAUGUAGUACCUAAUGUAAUUAUGCCUUUUAAAAAUUAAUUUCCAUUGUAAUGGAGCUUGAGAAGUCACUAAAUGCAUAUUUUGCUAUUUAUAAGGGAUUAUUAAGUUAUUUACACUAGUUACAUAAUGUUGACUGAUGCGACUUUUAUAGUUGGAACGAUUUCCGAAUAAUGUUAGUGAAAAUACAACGAAACGAAGUCUGUAGGACUUACUGUUAAUUAAUCAUUUAUAUUCAGGUUUUAAUGAAGCAAUGUUAACAUUUAUCAAUUUUUACAUUCCUAAUGCGUUAAAAUGACAACUGUAGGAUGUAUCUAUGAAUCUUUUGAAUUUUAAAUUUAGCAAUUGUGGUUACCAUUGUUCUAAUGGCUUGAUAAAUUAAAAAAAAAACUCGUUUUGUCAUUCCUUGUUUUGUCAUUCCAUUUGUGAUACGUUAUUAUAUUGUGCAAUUAAUCUUAAUUACGACACCACAUAUUGUUGAUAUUCGUUAGUCAAAUCCCAACAAUUAUAAUAUAGACCAUUAGUAAUUACACAAUCUAUCACUUUACUGAAAAGAUAUGUGAUGGCACGGCACCCAAAUGCGAUGAUUAAUGAUUUGAAUGCAGCAAAAAAUUUUGGAGUAGUUAAUUAAAAACCAAUAAGAUUUUUGCCACAUUAAUUUCUUAAGUGAAGUUAGAUAACGAUAUAGUGGGAAAUAUAAACCUGUGCCAAAUGUAGCCAUGUUUACUAUAAUGGCAAAUAAUAAUGGUACCUAUAUAAAUAUUUUAUCCAUUAGAAAAUUUUGCUUUACAUUUCAUAGGUACAGAAUCUAUCAAACGCAAGUAAUAAUCUAUAGCGUGAUUUUGUCCUGGAGAAAUUUUCUAUAUCAUGUUAUUUGGUAGAGUCAGCCACAAAUAACUGUUUUACUCAAAUGUUACUUUGAUGUUGUAUCUUACUACUCGUGAGAAGCACUUGUUGUCAACGAAAAAGAAUAAGUUUUGUGUCUGACUUUACUUUCUAGUCAUUUUAACUAGUCAUUAUACUAAAAAGUAGCCAUUGCUAGUAUUUAAUGCACUUUAUUUAAUUAAUAUCAUUCACUACAUAUCCAAUUAGAUUUGACCAUAUUAUUAAAUUUUAUCUAGUCAGUAAAUUAUCAUGUUACGUACCUAUUCGACAUUAAAUUUAAUUAUCGGAAUAAUGUUAAAUCUGCAUCUUAGUUUUAUAUAUAUAGAUUUUAUGACCCUUUUUUGAUGCUUGUUUUAAGUAGAUAAAUCAUAGUACCUUUCUUUUUUAAAAUUCAUAUUUAUUUUUCUAUAUAAAUACAUGUGUUUUUUUUGAAAAAUAAUUCUUUAAUUCAAUAUUUAUUAACUCUGUCAUUGUUGCACCUUUGAUAGUAUUUAAGAAAAAGUACCUAUUCUGGUGUGUUCAAUUGUAAAAAGCACUCUAAAAUCACUGUACGAGUAGAAACAUUAUCAUAAAUUAGUUACUAUAUAAACCAAUUUGUGAAUAACUUUUUUAAUUAAAAACACAGGCAAUUAGGAGAUAACAUUACCUUAUAAACAACACUAACAAAGUUUUACUACAUCAAGAAGGCAGUUAACAAGUUAUUUAUUUUUUCAUGUAGUAAAAGGGUGCAGAAUCUUGUUAUUUUCUUGAUUUGAAAUAAAUACAAUGAGGGAAUAUUGCUUAUUGGCACUGUGUCUAAACUGUAAAUUAUGACAAAGUUGUUGAAAAUCUGAAUUGUUAAAGCUGGACCAAGUUGUUUGAUGUUUUUAAUGUAAUAACAUAGGAAAUUAACGUUGUAUGGCAUGUGUUGCCGAUACGUUACAUUUCUCACACUAACUAUCUCUCUUUCUUCGAAUCUUAUUAAAACUACUUAAAUAACAUUUACCUCCCUUUAUAGCUAACUUGUUCAUAAAGUACCUAUACCUUUAUUCUUCAAAUGGUGCCCAUACUAUAACAUGGCAAUAACAUUAUACUUAGGUAAUAAUAGUAAUUACAAAACCUGGUGGUUUGCGUGAUUAGUCAUUUGAAAUAUUCUCGCGUGCCUUUUGAGCAUUGUUACUUUUGCAAGAAUCUUGACAAAUGUAGCUGACCAGAAUCGCUGCGAUACCAACGCAUGUUGCGAGUGCUCUCCGGUAUGCAUCGCUUGCAAGUGAGAAAUUGUACCUAUUUCUGAUUUACUAAAAUCGCUAGAAUGAUUAAUAUUUAGUAUCGAUAAACGAAGUAGUUAUAAUAGAGCGGCGUCAAUAAGUUUAGGGUCUAGAAUAACAUAAUUACAGCUUUUUAUUUAUGCGUCUUGCUUUCUUUUCCUUAACCUCGAUAGAUGAUUUAUUCAAAUAGUUGCUGUAGGUUCUUAGUGUAGAUUUAGGUACCACCCAUUUAUUUAGCGUACCAACUGUAGUUUAUAAUCCGUCUGAUUUUAUAGCGUAGCUGAUACUUGUCACAAUUUAUUAUAGCGCCUACAAAUUCUAAUAUCAAAACUGGCAGUUAUACCUACGUGUAAAAUACUUACAUUGUCACUAAGUUGUAAGAAAACUACCAAUUUUACUUUUAUGACCUCAAUUUUCUGUAUGUUUGUUAAUAUUUUUCCACUGAUGUGAAGUUCCAGUUGUUUUACCAAUCGGCGAUGGCGGGUCUCAAGACAGUCCAUAGGAAUCAUCGAACAAAAUGUAAUAACUAAAGUUUAAUGAAAGAAGAAUCUGCCAUGGUUAUGACAUGACUUCAUAGGCAAGUACAGUGGGCCACAUAGAAAAAGUAUAGUACUUUACCACUAUAAACUUUCUAUGUAGCCCACUGCGCUAUUGAUACUGCCAAUGGCAACAUUACAACAAGUAAGAUGUGGUAAUUAAGCAUAGACUCGCCUCGUUCUUUGUUUUUAACUUAGUUCAAGCGCAACUGGUCAC